GGGCUCCUCUGUGCACCCCAAAAGGUCCCAGCCGGGCUCGGGGGGCUCCUCUGUGCACCCCACAGGGAUCGGGGGGCUCCUCUCCGCACCCCCAAAGGUCCCACCCGGGCUCGGGGGGUUCCUCUCCGCACCCCACGGCUCCCGGGGGAUGGCGAGGACGUGACCCCAGCGGGACAUGGGACUCUGAGAGCAGCCGGUGCUCACCUCGCUGCCAACAGCCACCAUGGGCUGCUGCUGCAGCUCGGACUAUGACGAGGACUGGAUCGAGAACAUCGACAUUUGCGAGCACUGCAAUUACCCCAUUGAGCCUGACAGCAAGCGCCAGAGGCUGACCCGCAACGGCUCUGAGGUUCGAGACCCUUUGGUGUCCUACGAGCCCUCGUCACCUCCGUGCUCCCCCAUGCAAGAUAAGCUGGUGGUGGCCCUGUACGACUACGAGCCCAAGCACGACGGGGACCUGGGGCUGCGGAAGGGGGAGAGGCUCCGUGUCCUGGAACAGAAUGGGGAGUGGUGGAAGGCGCAGUCGCUCACCACGGGCCAGGAGGGGCUGAUCCCCCACAACUUCGUGGCCUUCGUGAACAGCCUGGAGCCCGAGCCGUGGUUCUUCAAGAACAUGAGCCGCAAGGACGCCGAGCGGCAGCUCCUGGCCUCGGGAAACACCCACGGCUCCUUCCUCAUCCGGGAGAGCGAGACUUCCAAAGGCUCGUACUCGCUGUCCGUGCGGGACCUGGAUGAGAGCCAGGGAGAGACGGUGAAGCACUACAAGAUCCGGAACCUGGACAGCGGCGGCUUCUACAUCUCCCCCCGCGCGCCCUUCGGCAGCCUCAGGGAGCUGGUGCAGCACUACACACGUGAUCAGGAGUUGUUCAACCCCAGGAACAACUUGGUCUGGUUUCCCAGGAAAAUGAUGCUUGGGAGAGAUUCCUGCUCCCUGCAGCCAAAUCAGGCAGCAGGCAGAAAUCUGAAAGUGAAAUUCCUGUAA